AUGACCUCACCGUCAAGCGCCGAUAUUGACCAUUCUGUCGACUCUUCCGCUGACCCUCCGCAAUCAGGUUCUCAAGCUUCGGGGCAUACGCAGCCAUCGGCUGCAGCUACUGUUCCGAAUAAUGAUCAGACGGACGAAAGAGGGAUUGGAGAAGCGGAAGUGAAGACGCCGGAAGGGAAGAAGCCUGCAAUGAACCCGACCCUGGAAGAUAACAAAGCGGAUGCAGAUGUGGCGGAAAAGUUAGAUGACUUCGGGCUUCCAAUCCCAGUCCGACCCAAGGCUGCACGUCGGUCAGAAGACGAAUCACUAGAGGAGGGCGAAACGUUCCAUGAUGUUGAAGAGACGCGGAUACCACCUAAGCGUGAUACUACCUCCUCAGAGAAUGAUAAACCCGCUGCGUCCCACGACCUUUCCUGCGAGAAUGACAGGCAAAGCACCCCGCCACCGGCCUACUCUAGCUUAGAUAUCCACGAUUCUGUCCCUCAGACCUCUCCAACACAUAAGAGGCAUUCGAGCCUCAAGCCGUCGGAAUGGUCGCACCAGCGACUGAGCGAAAACAAGGAAGCCAAUUCGGAAAGCGAUGAUGAAAGCGAUGGCGAGUGGAAAGAAAUGCCCGCCCUAGGCGAAUUCGAUGUCUACGACGAUUAUGGGCGAUUGGUCGCUCGUGGCGCCAAAGAAGAUGGUGAUGACGCAGUAUAUCAGGGCCUGGGUGGCGCUGGAAAGGGUUAUACUCGAGUACAACUCGACGAAGAUGCGCAGUCGGCGACAAGUUUGGAUCAGGACACGAGCUAUCUCUUCAAGGAAGCCGCCGGUAACUCUGUAGGGGUCGAAGGGGAAGAGCUGCGGGACCCGCUCAGCCAACUACAGGCUACAAAAGAUCUUCUGACUGAGAGUCAAAGGAUCGCCUAUGUGGGAGUGACGCGGCUGGUGAUCUACCAGAUGACCCAGGACUUGGAAAAGCUACCAACGACUAAGGCUUCCCGCAAGGCGAAACAGAAAGCGGCCGACGCCAUGAGGAAAUGGGGUCAGACUGUCAUGGGAAGGAUUUAUACUCACAUGGAGAUCGAUCCUGCGGAGCAAAUCAUGAUUGAACAAUUGGCUGAGCAUGGCGUUCAGCCUGCGGAUCUUGUUCGACCACUGAUGCAAAAUGCUCGGGUCAAAAAUCCAAUGGCGGAGGAGCUCGACUCUUCGAAGGCAUCCAUGUCCUCGAGUGCGUCUCGCGGCUUGAAGGAGAACAGUCGAGCAAGCUUAUCCACCGAAUCAGAGCUUACUUCCGAAUCGACUUCCCCUCCACCUUACGAAACGCACGAAGAUGACGACCUACCGGAAGUGCGGACCCCGUCACAGAUGCCUACUUCAGCAAAGAUUGACAUUGACCUUCGUUGGACGGUCCUUUGCGACCUAUUUCUCGUUCUUAUCUCCAAUUCGGCGUACGAUGCCCGAUCCCGAUCCUUACUGGAAAGAGUCGGCCAGUCUAUGGAAGUGUCCUGGCUGCAAAUUGCCCGCUUCGAGAAGCGUGUCAUUGAUGCUCUCGAGAUGCAAGAAGCCGCGGAGAAAGAGACUUGGGACGAGUCUGACCACAUGGAGAAGCGUCGCAAGAUGGCGCUGAAACGGAAAUAUAUGGUCAUGGGUCUGGCCACUGUUGGAGGAGGGUUGAUCAUCGGUCUCUCCGCUGGUCUGCUGGCCCCGGUCAUCGGCGCUGGACUUGCAGCGGGCUUCACAACCGUCGGGAUUUCUGGGACCAGCGCUUUCUUAGGGGAGCUGACUUUUGAGUAUCGUCCUCUCCACAACAACAAGAGGGUCAACUUGAUUGUUGCGAUUUCAGGCUGGAUGACUGGCAAAGUCGAUGAUGUUCGGUUGCCAUUCAGUACAGUUGAUCCUAUCAUGGGCGACAUUUAUUCAGUCCUAUGGGAGCCGGAGAUGCUUCAGAGUAUGGGUGCCACCAUCAACAUUCUAGCCACAGAGGCCUUGACCCAGGGUCUGCAACAGGUCUUAGGAAGUACUGUCCUCAUGGCUUUAAUGGCAUCCCUGCAGCUACCUCUUGUUCUCACUAAGUUGUCAUACUUGAUCGAUAAUCCCUGGACUGUCUCCCUCGCUCGUGCCAACGCGGCAGGGCUGAUUUUGGCGGACUCGUUGAUGGAUCAUAACCUGGGCAAGAGACCUGUCACUCUACUAGGUUUCUCGCUUGGGGCAAGAGUCAUAUUCUCGUGUCUGAAGGAGCUCGCAGACAAGGGCGCUAGCGGCUUGGUUCAAAAUGUCUACCUUUUCGGGGCUCCACUCGUGGCAAACAAGGACGAAUUUAUCAAGGCACGCAGCGUUGUCUCUGGCCGGUUUGUGAAUGGGUACUCCUCCAAUGACUGGAUUCUGGGAUACCUCUUCCGGGCCACAAGCGGCGGCAUUAUGCGCGUGGCUGGUAUUGCUCCGGUAGAAGGGAUUCCUGGCCUGGAGAACUUCGAUGUCACUAACUUAGUCAAUGGCCACAUGGACUAUCGUACCGCUAUUCCACGGCUACUCAAGGAAGUCGGGUGGGAAGUUCUCAGCGAGGAGUUUGCUGAAAUCGAAGACCCCGACCCGGAGAAUCAUGGCGAGCGGCAACGAGAGCUAAUCCGCGAAAUUGAUGAAGCUCGUAAAGCCGCAGAAGCUCAGCCUGAGAAGAAGCGGUUUGGACUGUUCAAGCGCGGCAAGUUAGCUGAGAAAAAGGGAUGGGAAACAUAUGAUGUGAAACGCAGUGACUCGUUUCCGCGAGAAUCCACUGACAGCAACGGAAUCGGAACCGUCCUCUUCGAUAUCGAUGCGAUCAGGGCAGAACUCGCCUCGGAGAUGAUUGAGGUCAAGCAGCUGGAGUCUACGCUCCCACCCAUGAAGCUAGAUCUCAAUUCACCAUCAACUCAAUCAUCAGCUGCUGCUACACCGUCAGAGCAUAGAGCUUCCAAAGACGGACGCGCUACCCCAUCCGUUCCUCACACACCCGUUGAAAAUCCCCCGGGCCACUCGGCCUUUGAAAAGACGCAAUCUCCACCAUCCCAUCAGGAGCAGAUCCGUAUGGCUUUUGAUACUUCUUACGAUAACCCUCCGCAACGUUCUCAUUCUUCUUUUGAACCAGCUGCUUACGAUUCAUGUCCGACGAGACCAGCUUUACGAUCCUCUGUGACGAUGCCGACUAGUGUCGGUGCCAGCGCGCUUGGCGCUAUGGCUCUUGAGCCCAAUGCCUGGGCUGACCACGACUUCGGCCAUGGCGAAGAGGGUGAGAUCUCGAUGACCUUCGAGUGA